AUGUCGGACGUGACGGCGGUGAUGGAUCUGGAGGUGGAGGAGCCGCGGCUCUCGCUCCCGCCGGGCUUCCGGUUUCAUCCGACCGACGAGGAGGUGGUCACCCACUACCUCACCCCCAAGGCCGUCAACAACGCCUUCUCCUGCCUCGUGAUCGCCGACGUCGACCUCAACAAGACCGAGCCGUGGGAUCUCCCCGGGAAGGCGAAGAUGGGGGAGAAGGAGUGGUACUUCUUCGUGCACAAGGAUCGCAAGUACCCGACGGGCACGCGCACCAACCGCGCCACGGAGAAGGGGUACUGGAAGGCGACGGGGAAGGACAAGGAGGUCUUCCGCGGCAAGGGCCGCGACGCCGUCCUCGUCGGCAUGAAGAAGACGCUCGUCUUCUACACCGGCCGAGCGCCCCGCGGGGACAAGACGCCGUACGUGAUGCACGAGUACCGCCUCGAGGGCCAGCUCCCCCACCGCCUCCCCCGCUCCGCCAGGAACGAUUGGGCUGUUUGCCGGGUGUUCGACAAGGACUUGGCGGCGAAGAAUGCGCCGCCCCAGACGGCGUCGGCGGCCGUCGGGGUCAUGGAGGACCCGUACGCCUUCCUCGACGUUGACGACUUCUUCAACAACCCCGACCUGCCGAUGCUCAUGGACUCCCCGUCAGGCGCCGACGACUUCGCCGGCGCCUCGAGCUCCACCUCCAGCGCCGCCGUGCCGCUGGAGCCGGACAUGGAGCACCUUUCCAUCAAGACGGAACCGCCGGUGCCGCAGCAGCAGAUGCAGAGCCCCAACUACUUCUUCAUGCCGGCGACGACGGCCAACGGCAACCACGGCGGCGGCGCGUACUCGCCCUACCAGGCCAUGGGGGAGCAGCAGAGCGCGAUCCGCAGGCACUGCAAGCCGGAGGCGGCGUCUUCGUCGGCGCUGCUGAGCCCCUCGCUCGGCUUCGACACCGGGGCGCUCGCCGGCGGGGACACCUCGUUCGUGAUACCGUCGUCUCGGUCGUACCUCGAUCUGGAGGAGCUGUGCCGGGGCGAGCCUCCCAUGGACUACUCCAACAUGUGGAAGAUCUGA